GAGGUUGGUGUGGCACGGGUGGACGGAUAACAUCCCUCCCUUUCCCGUCUUUUGUAGUCAAGGAAGAAGAAAGAUGGCGCCUACACAUGUACUGAGAUGUUGCCAGAGGGGUCUGGCGUGGAUACCGGUGAUAUUUAUUGCCUUAGUUGUGUGCUGGUCGUAUUAUGCAUACGUGGUGGAGCUGUGUAUAUUAACUAUUCCUAGCACGGGCGAAAAAUUCAUCUACCUGGUUGUGUUUCACCUGUCAUUCGUCAUGUUUGUGUGGUCGUACUGGAAAACCAUCUUUACAAGACCAGCAAACCCUUCCAAAGAGUUCUGUCUACCUAAAUCUGAGAAGGAACAGUAUGAGAAGGAACAGCGUCCAGAAACUCAGCAGGAGAUCCUGAAGAGAGUGGCCACUAGCCUGCCCCUCUACACCCGCACCGGGGCAGGAGCUAUCCGGUACUGUGACCGCUGCCAGGUCAUCAAGCCAGACAGAUGUCAUCAUUGUUCUGCAUGUGACAUGUGUGUACUAAAGAUGGAUCAUCACUGUCCAUGGGUAAAUAACUGUGUGGGUUUCUCCAACUACAAGUUCUUCAUCCUGUUCCUGACCUAUUCGCUUGUUUACUGCUUAUUCAUCGCAGCCUCUGUCCUCCAAUACUUCAUAAAGUUCUGGACACUUUGCCGGAGGAAAUCGGCAGAGAAUUGUCCAAAGAAUGACCUGCCAGAGUCUCACGCCAAAUUCCAUGUCUUGUUUCUCUUUUUUGUGGCGGCCAUGUUCUGCAUCAGCAUUCUUUCACUCUUCACUUACCACUUGUGGCUUGUGGGAAAAAACAGGUCCACCAUAGAAGCGUUCAGAGCCCCGGUCUUCAGAAACGGCCCUGAUAAAAGUGGAUUUUCCCUGGGCUUCAGCAAGAACAUUGCUCAGGUGUUUGGGGACCAGAAGAAGUACUGGCUACUUCCUGUCUUUACCAGUCAAGGAGACGGCCUUUCUUUUCCUACACGGUUGGUCACUGUUGAUCCAGAGCAGCCCACUGAAUGUCCCCAGCCUGGCGGGUUGGAUAAAGGUGCUGUAGAAGGACCUGCUGAGCAAACCAGCCCUCUCAGUGAAUCCCAAAACCGUCUGUUAGGCAACGAAGAAGAUCACAAAGAGAUAGAUGUCUUAAAGUCUGAUGAAAGUGAAGCCAUCACUAUCUCUAUUGAGAGCGAGUCAUAGCUAGGACUGAAGCUGGUGAGGGGUGAGUCCUCAGCGGUUUCGUGCCUUUGACUCCCAGUACUGUUGAGGAGAAUCACCGCCAUCAAAGCUGAUGCCUUAAACAGCGCUUUUUCUCUAAAAGCUCCCAAACACUUUCCAUUUCCCAUCGCUUACGGAGCAUCCCAAAUCUGUGCUGUACAUCAUGUCUAUAAAAUGACUCCCAGUCCCCGUUGAACUAUAGUAGCUGCACUCUUUUAACAAAGAUUUGCACGCAUGUCUUUUAGCAUCCAUCGUUUUUUGCACAGUAAACCGUUUUGUUGCUCAGGCCUGCAAAGACCCCACAAGACAUGCUUAUUUCACUUGUAAAUUGAUACAGGC